AUGUCACAGCCACCACGCAGCAAUGAUGGCUACCCCGCUACAGCGGAGAAGGGAGUCACACGGCCAGCUAUGAGUCUGACGUGUGCCGCACCCUUAGCUAUCUUGCCUGCUCCUAGUUUGGAGGGAGAGACCUACCGGGAUCAUGUAGGGUGUAAAGCUGACCUCGACAGCAAUGACGAUGGUAGUCGUGGCGAUUAUAACGUGAAUGCGAGGGAUGACAGCGACAGUGACGACGCGGAGGAUGGUGACUACGCCUCUGCUUCUUCGCUCCGUGCCCAUGCGUACAACACGGCAUCGUCCAAGGAUGGUUUGUGCCUGUUCCGCAGCCCAACCAAUCGAGGCCCACCUGUUCAAUAUGAUCCGCAUGAUCACACAAGACCCGAUCUGACGCACGCACCCUCGUCGUCUUUGUCCGCCAAGGUGCAGCAGCGGCGCCUGUGGGUCUUGCCUCGUGACGUUUUUCAUCCUCAGUGCUGGGCUUCCCUCACAUCUACACGCUCGUCCCUCGACACCGCAGCGAAGUCCUGCAGCGAUGGGGAAGCCUACGCUAGCAACGGUCGCAGUGGCGCUUGCGCGUCUACUCACGGCCUCGUGGCACCGGCAGCGCCUGUCACGACAGGCGACCCGCAUGCGCUUCCCCCGUCCGCAUUGCAGCCGGACUCCUCGGCGGUAGGCGCGGCACCUUUGGCGUUAAACUGUAUGAUAAACGCCAGCGUCGCCCGGCUGCCACAUCCUCGCCACGGCCAGCCGCUGCUGUGCCUAGUCGUGCGCGAUCCCACCAUCCCUGUCGUGACGAGGACGUUUCCCCCCAACUUGCCUUCCGCAGUGUCUGCCUCCUCCUCGCUGCUUUAUGAGGUGCAGGCGCAUGCCCCACCAAGCGGCUUUGCGCAGAGCUGGUUUGUGAAAGAGCAGGUUGUUCCGAGCACCGUCGGUGCUGGCGAGCUGCUCGUCGCGACCCCAUUGGACCUGACCUUCUUUGCACUCUACGAGCUUCUCGGUGACGCGCAGCGCUACGAACGCCUGUCCCGCACCUUUAUGUCGGCGGAAGACCUGUACAGGGACAGAGACCUGCGGCCCUCAGCUGUCACCUCCGCCUCUGCGGCCGGCUACGAAGGCGACGCGCCAGAGACGAACGCGUUUCUGGCCGUGUUCAGCGGCGUCGGCGAGGACUCGCGGUCGUCAACGUCUUCCUCUGCGCCGUUUACCGCAGCGCUUCUCUCCUCGAGUGGAGCACAUGACGCGUCUGUGGACGAUGGGGGCCCGCACGGCUGGGCUGCGCACCCGCCGUCACAGCUGACGACUUCAUCUUUCUUUUCUACCACGCCUCACGGCAAGCUAGGCGGUGGCAGUGGCCGGGGCUGGGCUGGCUGGGCACGCGCAGCAGCAGCACACCCACUCCUCUUGCACCAUUGCCUGCGUGUACUUCAGUCCGACGGUGUGCUGCGACGGCUCUGCGAGGUCCGUGUAAUCGGCGGCAACUCCUAUGUGCAGACGUCGACCUCUGAUGCUCCUGUCGAAAGCCUCGACGCGGUGUACUACAGGCCUUCCGAGUCGGUG